AUGUCUCAAAGUCGAGUAGGAGUUGCUCCCAAAUUAAGUCUAGGAAAAAAUGAUAAGCCUAGACCUAGCUCAUUGGAAUUGAGUGAUGAUAGAAAUUCAGACCUUGCAUUGCGGAUUGUAAGUCCAGGGUUGCCCGCUUUGAAUGAAGAAAUGAAAUCCACGAUAAAACUUUCCCAGAAAAUUGAACAACAGCAAAAAAAUCUUAUUGCAGCAAGACACUCCAAUAGUGGUAGUGCAGGUGUUGAGGACCUGUCAACAAACGGCGGUGAAACAGUUGUGAUAAGUGGACCCAGUAGCACAUUACCAGAUGAGAUGGACAAGUUGUCGACACCAACCAAUAUCAAGAGAUUAAAGAGAGAAAAUAUUCCUACCCCGUUGAAAAUGAACAUGGGGCCAUCCGCCAAUCCUACAAUUCAAUCGGCACCUAUAAGACAGAGUAGGGUGCCUAUGGGGUCGAGAGCAUAUCCAAAGAGAUAUGUGCCCUACCAGAUUCAAGUGCAACACCAGAAUGCUCAUCCGUAUGCCCAAGCACCCAACAGAAGAUAUCGGUACAUGCUUCCACAACCAGUUGCAUACACUGGUUAUCCUGGGGGUGUACAGGGCAUGCAAAGGGUCAGAAUGACUCCCUAUACCAGUGCUGGACGUUAUUUUCCUAUCCAUCACCCUAGGGCUGUUGCCAGCUUUGGAAUGGCCCAUCCCACAGCCGUAUACCACAGGCAACCCAAAUCCAACACCGUGACCGAUGUAUACCACGGAGACUACACGAAAGCGGCGCCUUUGCAAUCACAACCUCUAUCAUCCCAGCGCGAAGUAUUUGAUAAGUCUGAUGAACCUAGCCACGACGAAAUGGACGACGACAGAAUGCCUGUGUCAGAGGACGAAAUUAGAGAAAUGCAAGAAAAAUACAAUAAUGACGUUGAAAGUACAGCCAUCGACAUCGAGGAUGAGCAAAAUGCAGCCUUCGCAAAGGAUGAACCCAGAGAACAAGUGUUCGGCUCGAUAAAUCUCAUGAAUGAGAGUGUAUUUAACUUUAAGAUCUUCAGCCAAAAUCCUUCAUCGCCUGAUGAGACAUCUGAUGGCAAAGAAGACUUAGCCAGAGAUAAGGAAAAGUUUUUAAAGAUUUGCGAGACAAGUUGGGACGAAUUUAUUAGCAGUAAAAUGUAA